AUGGACAUCCCGACGGAGCUGGUGGUGGAGAUCCUGCAGCGGCUCCCCUGGACCUCGCGCCGGCGUCUGCGCCUGGUCUGCCGGUUCUGGCGUGACCUUAUCCACCAGCGCACAACGGAGAUGCAGCAGCCCCGCGACGCCGUGCCCCUCAUCGUCACCACGGAAUCUGCCUACAUCGUCGACGACCUAGACCUAGACCUAGAAGAAGAGUCGUCCUCCGUCCCUCGCACACCGAGAGAGCUGCAUCUGGGCGGCCGCUACAACGAGAACAUGGAGGUAGUUGCCGUUUGCAAUGGCGUUUUGUGCCUAUGCGACAACGACAAGCCCGGCGGCGCCAUCACCUUGGCCAACCCGGCCACCGGCGAAGUCCUGGCGCUCCCGCCAAUACCGCGCCACGGCCUGUUCAGGCGCCACAACUCGCGCCACUCCGGCAGGAGCUGGAACCAGGCCUACAGCUUCGGGUACCAUCACGGGACGGGGCAGUACAAGGUGGUGCACGUCCCCUGCUUCUACAAGACCAAGGACACGCUCCAGGUGUUCACCCUCGGGGAGGCCUCCUGGAGGGAGGUCCCGGCCCCUGCUUACGCCAGAUGCAAUCUGGAUGCCGGUGUCGUCAGCGCCAACGGUGCGACAUACUGGGUUACGGAGGGAUCGGAGGACAGGAUCAUGUCUUUCGACCUCGACAACGAGCAGGUUUCGUGCACGCAGCCAUUGCCGGUGUCGGCCAGACCCAUCAGCCACCUGACUCAGGUGAACCGUAGGCUUAGCACUACAACGACUACCCACCGCCCACCGCAUUAUGGGUACGGGUGCAUCCAGGUGUGGGUUCUAGAGGGUAGGAGGAAUGAGCAGGCCUGGAUCCAUCUGUAUCGCUUAGGUUGGUAUCAGUCCGGGCCGGAGAGACAGAUGGCGCGACCAUGCUUCAUUCACGGCGACCAUGUCCUCCUAACGAAUGGGAGCGAGAAAAUGGUCGUGUACAAGCAUAAGCCGGCCAACUACUAUUAUUGCAGAAGCUCCGAGUGCACUGUGGUCCAUGACAACAGUUGUUACCAAAAGGCAGUUGUUUCCAAUAUGAGAGGUCAUAUUAGCCGGACAUUCGCAUACAUCAAGACUGAGGAGGCAUUGAGUGUUCACAGGCGUUGGUGA